UUUCAGUUUUUUGGAGCCGUGAGGGAUACAGAAGUUUGAUCAAUAUUGUCUUAACAUGCUUCAAAUAAAUCAGGCCUUAUCACUCUAAAAGAAAGGAUCCUACACAGUUCGUGAAAAAAAUACUUCUUAGGACUUUGGACAUCAGCUGAUGAAGAUCACUGGCUCCUGGGUGAUGAGAAACAAAUGAGCUUUUCUCCACGAUAAAAUGGCAAACCCCAAAGAGAAAACUCCAAUGUGUCUGGUAAAUGAGUUAGCCCGUUUCCAUAGCAUCCAACCCCAGUAUAAACUCCUGAAUGAAAGCGGGCCCGCUCAUUCGAAGAUGUUUUCGGUGCAGCUGAGUCUUGGUGAGCAGACAUGGGAAUCCGAAGGAAGCAGUAUAAAGAAGGCCCAACAGGCUGUUGCAAAUAAAGCUUUGACUGAAUCUACGCUUCCCAAACCAGUUCAGAAACCACCCAAAAGUAAUGUCAAUAAUAACCCAGGUAGUAUAACCCCUACUGUGGAGCUGAAUGGGCUGGCUAUGAAAAGGGGAGAGCCUGCCAUCUACAGGCCGUUAGAUCCAAAGCCAUUCCCAAAUUAUAGAGCCAAUUACAACUUCCGGGGCAUGUACAACCAGAGGUAUCAUUGCCCAAUGCCCAAGAUUUUUUAUGUCCAGUUGACUGUAGGAAAUAAUGAAUUCUUUGGCGAAGGGAAGACGCGACAAGCUGCCAGACACAAUGCUGCGAUGAAAGCCCUCCAAGCACUGCAGAAUGAGCCGAUUCCAGAAAAGUCUCCUCAGAAUGGUGAAUCAGGAAAAGAAAUGGAUGAUGACAAAGAUGCAAAUAAAUCUGAAAUAAGCUUAGUUUUUGAAAUUGCUCUGAAGAGAAAUAUGCCUGUCAGUUUUGAGGUUAUUAAAGAAAGCGGACCACCACACAUGAAGAGUUUUGUGACCCGGGUAUCAGUGGGAGAAUUUUCUGCAGAAGGAGAGGGAAAUAGCAAAAAACUCUCCAAGAAGCGAGCAGCAACCACUGUCUUACAGGAGCUGAAAAAGCUCCCACCUCUUCCUGUGGUAGAGAAGCCAAAACUAUUUUUUAAAAAGCGCCCUAAAACCAUAGUAAAGGCUGGACCCGAGUAUGGUCAAGGAAUGAACCCUAUCAGCCGCCUGGCUCAGAUCCAACAGGCCAGAAAGGAAAAGGAGCCUGAUUAUGUUUUACUUUCAGAACGAGGAAUGCCUCGGCGUCGAGAGUUUGUGAUGCAGGUCAAGGUAGGCAAUGAAGUUGCUACUGGAACAGGACCUAAUAAAAAGAUAGCCAAAAAAAAUGCUGCAGAAGCGAUGCUGUUACAGCUUGGCUAUAAAGCGUCCACCGGCCUUCAGGAUCAGCUGGACAAGACAGGGGAAAACAAAAACUGGAGUGGUCCGAAGGCUGGGUUUCCUGAACCAACAAAUAACACUCCAAAAGGAAUUCUUCAUCUUUCUCCUGAUGUUUAUCAAGAGAUGGAAGCCAGCCGCCACAGAGUGACCUCUGGCACAACUCUAGGCUACUUAUCACCCAAAGAUAUGAACCAACCUUCAAGCUCUUUCUUCAGUCUGUCUCCCUCAUCGACUAGUUCAGCCACAGUUGCCAGGGAACUCCUUAUGAAUGGAACAUCUCCUGCAGCUGAAGCCGUAGGUUUAAAAGGAAGCUCUCCUACUCCCCCUUGUUCUCCAGUACAGCCUUCAAAACAACUGGAAUAUUUAGCAAGGAUUCAAGGCUUUCAGCAUUCUACAUCCCUCAAGUCCAGCAAAACCCAAACGCUGCUUUCUCCUUCUUGCAGGCAGUCACAGGCAGCGUUAAGUGCCUUGAAACAGUUUUCCGAACAAGGACUAGAAACAAUUGAUGGGGCAGUGAAUGUUGAAAAAGGCUCCCUUGAAAAACAAGCCAAGCAUCUGCGAGAGAAAGCGGACAAUAACCAGGCGAACCCCGGCUCCAUCACUCAGGACUGCAAGAAAUCAAAGUCGGCCAUCUAGCAGCUCCCAGAACCACGGCUGCCACCGCGUCCUUAUAAACCUGUCAGCACGCAUGAGGGUGUCUGUGUUCAAGGAAAUGAAUGGCUAAUGCCAUUAUCUGAGUCUUAUGUGAAGACAACACUAUUCUAACACAAGAGAUAAUGUACAUGGUACUGUUUAUUCAACUGGGGGAAAAUAAAACUUGGAGCAUUUCCCUUGGAACUUGAGAUCAGAUCAUAACUCAUUUGCCCAGAGGCAACAGAAAUCUGAUCCCACUACUGGAGCUUAAAAACAACAAUUAACGAAAAGUGUUAGAAACCAAGCUAAAGUUUUAAAAUGAUUCCUAGAGGAGUUUGGUUCUGUCCUUAACGAUUGUUUUGUCGUGGCGAUUGUGUUGUUAUACUCUCUCUUGUUUGAAAUAAUGCUUGACAAUUCAGAAAUUAACCAAUGCUGUGCUGUGGAAUGUGACUGUUGUCUUCAUAUAGUCUCACAGUUUCUCUUUUUAUGCAGAUAUUUGUAACCUUCAUCUUGCAAACACACACACACACACACAUACGCAUACACACACGUACACACACAUACACACAUGCACACACUUGAAUUACUUUAAGGUAAUUCACGAAGAUGUAUGCAAAUAACUAUGUUUUCCAUCAGGUCAGAUAAUUGAUUUACAAUAUAAAUAAUCCUAGGAACAUGUAGUUUCCAUGUACUUCUGGACUUUGAAAACGACAGAAUGAAACUAAACCGAGCAGUUGUAGGUUUUGCGCUACGUGAUGCCAUUCGCCAUCCAGGGGGCGCCUUGCCUCCGCACAUCCGGGAAUCUACCCCGUCGUGGAAAUUGUGCCCACCGCCAUCCGUGUGUUGUUACCACUCACUGUUAGCAUCGGGUGUCUUCAGUGACUGCCUCUGGACAGUGAGUAGGAUCAAAAUAAAUACUGUACAUGGUGGGGACGGGAAAGCCUGUUGGGAGGAGCUUCUAGCCAACCGCGCGCUGGACCAGCAUGUUGGAAUCCAGUGUGGGGCAAAUGCAGUAAAGAGUUGGUCGGUUUCUGUA